AUGCAAGAAAACGUCCCUUUCUUCCCGAAACAAGAAAACCCUCUUCACCACUUGUACUUCCGUCAAAACCCCCCCGCCCUCGAAGGAAUCGCCGUCGUCGUCGGCGAGCGCGUCCUCUUCGGCGCCGCCGCCGAUCCGCCGAGGAGCUACAGGGGCGUGCGGAAGCGGCCGUGGGGGCGGUGGUCGGCGGAGAUUCGCGACGGCUUAGGGCGGUGCCGCCACUGGCUCGGCACCUUCGACACGGCGGAGGAGGCGGCGCGCGCCUACGACGCCGCCGCGAGGAGGCUGCGUGGGUCCAAGGCGAGGACCAAUUUCCACGUUCCUUCCGUCCUCCCGGAGCAGUGUUCGAGCUCUUCGUUUCCGCAGAGGAGGAAGAGGAAGAGGGUAAAGACUGCCUCGGUUGUGACGUCGGCGGCGCACCUGUUUGGGCGGAAUCCGGCGGAGGAAGGCGGCGUUAGCUUGGUUUGA